ACGAAUAACAUCAAUUAUUUGUACAAAACUUGUGUACAUUUAAUUUAUUUCUAAUUUAUACGAAAUGAAAUUAUCUAUAAGAUCGUCCUAAAGUAAUGAUCAUUUCUACUGUUCACUCUAGUAAACUCCAGUUAUCGACUCACUAAGGUCACCUAAGAAGUUAAUUAAUGAAAUCGACAGAUCACCAUCAUUUUGUGCCUAUAUGAUUAAACGAUUACCAAAUUAUUAUUUACUUGAAAAAUUAUAUUGGAAAAAAAUGAGUAUCGAUAUUGGAGGAAUGAGAAUCAAAUACAAGGAUAAAGAUAAUACAUUUUUGGAGAAACAUUUGGUUUCCAAAGAGCCGUUCGGGCAGUUUAAAGCAUGGUUUGAUGAAGCUUGCUCAAGGAAAGAAAUUUUAGAGCCAAAUGCCAUGUGUUUAGCUACUGUCUCAAAACAGGGUUUUCCUUCAGCAAGGUUUGUUUUAUUAAAAGGAUAUGGAAAAGAAGGCUAUAAGUUUUACACCAACCAUGGUAGCAGGAAAGCAAAAGAAAUGCAAGAAAACCCUAAUGUUGCAGCAACUUUUUAUUGGGAGGUACUGAAUAGGUCAAUUAGAAUUGAAGGUCAUGUAGAAAGACUGUCUGAAGAGGAUUCAACAACAUAUUUUCAUUCACGUCCAGUUCCCAGUCAGAUAGCAGCCUGUGCUAGCUAUCAGAGCACUCCAAUUGAAUCCAGAGAUGUACUUUGUGAACGGGAAAAAAUAUUAGAGGCUAAAUAUAUGAUUCCUGAGAAGGAGAUUCCAAAACCAGAAUUUUGGGGUGGAUACAUAAUUAGACCUCGUGCCAUAGAAUUUUGGCAAGGUCAACGAGAUCGACUGCAUGAUAGGAUUAAAUUUAGGAAAUUGAAAGAAGGAGAGGUACCAGAUGGGAAACUCUUACAUGAAGGAGAGGAUGGUUGGGUUUACGAGAGAUUAUUCAAAUUUAAAUUACUUUUUAAAAUGGAAUCAGAGGUCAUUAAAGAAAAGAUUCAAACAGAGCCGAUGUUGAACGACCCUCGAUACAUAACCUUACUUAGCUUAAUUGUUCUUGUUUUUACUCUAAUUUUCUGGUGGUGUUUCUCACGUAGACGUCAUUUGCGGCGAUCUGUGCUCUUGACUGGCCUUUCCGAUUCUGGUAAAACUUUGCUAUAUGUAAGGUUGGCAUAUUCACAGUUCAGGCAAACAUUCACCUCAAUGAAGGAAAAUGUUGAAGAGUACAUAACUUCUAAUAAUUCUCUUCGGAUUGUAGACUUGCCUGGUCAAGAAAGAUUACGUAAUAAAUUUUUUGAUCAAUACAAGAAUAGUGCCAAAGCUAUUGUUUAUGUUAUAGAUUCUGUUACAAUACAGAAGGAAAUAAGGGAUGUUGCUGAGUAUCUAUACACCAUUCUAUCAGAUUCUGUAAUCCAAAGUAACACCCCAUCAAUUUUGAUUUUGUGCAAUAAACAAGAUCAACCUUUGGCCAAAGGAAGUCAAGUCAUUAAGAGUCUGCUUGAAAAAGAAAUCAACCUGGUGCGAGUUACGAAGUCCAGUCAGCUGCAAUCAGUUGAUCCAUCUCAGUCAAACAAAUCAACAUAUCUCGGCAAAUUGGGAAAGGAUUUUGAAUUCUCUCACCUUGGUUGCCGCGUGGAUGUUUCUGAAUGUUCAGCUAAUACUGGCGACGAUGAUGCGCCCGCAGACAUCAAGGCGUUGCAAGAUUGGAUCUCAAAAUUAUAAAUAAUUGUCAAGUAAAACUGGACAAUAUUUUAUUUUAAUAAGUUGCUAUUUCAAAUGUUUUGCUUCAUAUCAUGUAUUUUUACUAUAAUGUAACUGUAAUGUAAUAUAAUAUUUGUAUGUUCAUUAAAAAAAUAACAGUGUUACAUUUAGGUAGUGGUACACACUGGCAGCUUGUCACAAUGUUAUUUUUUUCCAAUAGUAAUAUUUACUUUUUACUAUAUUUACUAAGUUACAUUAUCUAAAGCAAAUAAAUUAAAAACUAUGUAUAGAUUCUUAAUAAUGGCCUGAUGUCUACGCAAUUGAAUAAAUGUUGAUAACUUGAUGGUCUGUAUGAGAAGUAUGAAAAAGUAUUAUUGUAAAAAAUACUUAUGCAUUUAUGCUUGAAGUGCAUGUAAUUUUUUGAUAUUUACAAAUAAAUCCGUUUUUGAUACGUAA